AUGUCACCAGGACCCACUGGGCAGGAAGCAGGUUGCGCCCAGCAGGAGUUGGGAUACCGGGGUUCCCCUACCCCCAGGAAAGGGAGCGCGGCGGGGGCGGGGGCGGGGGCGGGGGCGGGGCGGCGGGACGAGGCGGCGGCCGUCGGCGCGCGGGGCGGCGCAGCAGGUGGCCACGCCGGGCCGGGCAGGGCUGCCGCGACGUCCCGCCGGCCUCCUCUCCCGCGCGCGCUCGGGCCUCGGUUUCCCCGCUCGGCGGGGCGGGGCGGGGACAGAGGGCCCGGAGGCCGCCUGCAGGGGGCGCCCGUGAACGAGGCGGCCGGAGCCGAGCCCGAGCCGCGGCGGAGACAGCGGGAGCCGGCGCGCGAGCGGCAGGUCAGCCGGGGUCUCGGGGCCGGGAUCCCGGGGGUCGGGCGGGCGGCCGGCGCCGUCGGAGGCUGCGGGCCGGGGGGGACGGGAGGCUCGGCCCCCCCGGGCGCCCCCCGCCCCGCCCCUGUCUUCCCGCCACCGGGCCGGGGUCCGAGCUGCACCCCGCGCGGAGACGGCGCGGCGCGCGCAGGGGCGACUCGGGCCGGGCGCCACGUCUUCAGCCGGGCCGGGGUCCGCCCAGCCGGGACCGGAAGGUGCGCGGGGGCGGCGGGAGGGCGGGGGGCGCGAGAGCCCGACGGCCCGGGCGGCGGGACCCGCAGGUGGCGCGGGGGACACCCGUCGGGCCGUCUGGGCGCCCCGGGCCGGCCCCUGGGCGCGGCCAACCUUCCGGACGCGCCCGGCGCGGCGGGUCGGACCCAGGCGAGGGCGGGCUGCGCAGCGUGGGGCGCGGCGAGGAGGGGAGUCAGCGGCUGGGCCGAGGCGGGCGCGUCCCGGGACCGUGGUGGCGGGACCCGGACUUGGGGGGGCGGGGGGGUGCCCGCCCCUGGCCCGGGCCGUCUGUCCGCCGGGCCGCCCCGAGCGGAGGUAGGAAAGGCGGGAAUGGUGGCGGCCCUCGAGGGACUUGGGCGUCCAUCCCGGAGGGUCAGGGAGGCGCCGCGGCCGGCGGAGCCCAGGUCCCUGCCUUCCCGGCACCGCUACGCCGCCUUAGACUUUAAUUUUCCGGGCGUUAGAACGGGAGGAAGGGGAGGCGAGGCGGAGGCCGAGGGGAGCGGGGGACGGAGGAGACGCUGCAGAGCCUGGGCCUGGACGUGUGCGCCCCCCCCCCCGCGUCAGGCCGCCCCGUGGGCCGCGCUCCCUCCUUCGCAGGCCCCUUUCCACCCUGAGCUUGCCGCCGCCCGCCGCCCCCCGACUCGGGCUGCCUGCACUGCCAGCCCCUGCACCCUCCAGAACACGCCCCCGCCCCCCCCCCGUGGCUGCCCCGCUUGUCCCCACCGUGGGGUGGGCCGAGGAGGCUGUUGCGGGGUCAGGAGCCCCCUCUUCAGUCCCGCGCUGGCCGCUUCGGAGGCCGUGGCCUGGCUGGGGGGCUCCGCCCUGUGCGCCAGCAGGUCAGCGACCCAGCUCCUUGCCGAGGCUUGUCUGCAGGUAGUGGUGUCAACACCUUCCUGCUCUGUCCUCGCCCUUCAGGGUCUCCCUGCCUCUCCCCAGUUCCGGUGUCCCUGGGGCCGCCGCCCCACCGUCCCCGGCCCCUCAGUGCAGACCAGGCUCCGGGCUAGGCCAGCGUCUCGGUUCAUAACCCCAGCGAAGCUGAGGGCAGCCCAGAGACGGGCGGCAGGCGACCGAAGGCUUUGGGCCAGCUCAGCCCUCAGGAUGGUCUGCGAGGUGCAGGCCUCCCACACAGUGCUCCUGCCCCCUAGGAGCCCACAGCCCCCGGGGGGCAAUGGCUGA